AUGAAGCCCAUCGUCCACUUGUUGCUUCAUGUGAAAAAGGCCCGGUCUGCGCUUGACAGGGGCAGGAAAGCGGAUACGAAGCAGAACAAUUCGUCUAGACACACAGUUAUUGGGGAGUCGAAAUCGUCAACAUCAGUAGUCGGUAAAGUGAAUACGCUCACGUCCUCUCCUUGGGAUUUCCUUCCCGCCGAGCUCCAAAUAAAGAUAUUCGCGUAUUGCGGCGUCGGAGACCUCCUUCCCUUGCGACUCGUUUGCCGCGGAUUCUACCAAGUCCUCACCUCUCACGAACAACUGAUAAGUCGGCAAUAUCUCCGCCAGCGCCGACACGGAACCCUCCCUUCUCCCAUCGAGAGUGAACGAACGUAUACUCGGAAUCCGGAAGACGAUGUAGUGCUUUUAUCGGAUCUGUUUCCGCCAGCGAAGAGUGCCAAGGGUGGGCAUCUAUAUACGUUUAGAUAUGUGCAUAGCCUCCGGCGGCGGCAGAAGCUUUGUUCGAGGCUAUGCUAUUAUCUGGCAGAUCGAGUUAUGGAUCGGUUUGUGCAAUGUGAAAAUGCGUUUAUGAAGUCGAUGUUUCCUACAAGGAAAGAGAAGAAUGCGCUGGUUCAGCGCGGUAUAGCAAGUUUGUGGUUUAAUCUUACUCCGCUCAUGUAUUACACGUUAUAUUUCCUCGAAUCAUAUUCCCUCGCUAGAAGAGAACAUACGAAUACCCUUCUACGCGAAUUCGAAGCCGGAAGGCUCCCUGUCCCUAUUCCGCCGCACCUCCGCAGAUCCAUGUACCGAGAACUGCAGGUCAAAAUCCUUCGAUCACCUCCAUUCACCGAUAGUUCCACCCUUAUAGCUACACAUCAUUGCAUGCAGCUCCUUCUUUCCUACCUACGAUAUACCGUCCCACCCGAGCAGGGUCUCCAAGACGAUGGCUGGAUCGGCUCACUGCUCACCGUGUCACCAUUCCUACGCCUUGUCGAGUACUUCUCCGCAGAAAUAGGCGACGGCGGCAAUCAACGCAUGCAACGGAAAGAUUUCAUGUAUAACUUCGAUAAUGAUAUAAAGAUGCAUGAGAAAGAUGAUAAGAAGUCAUUAGUCUUUGAGCGGGCGCCUAACUGGCAUGCUCACCACUCAGCGGCUGACAUAUGGUUUGAUGCUGCUACAGAGGAAUUGGCUCUGAGAAACGCUGUUCCGCAUGAUACAGAGAAGAUUUGGAUUUGGGAUCAAAUUCCGCUGCUUUUGGGGUGUCCGCAUUGUCGGGAUGAGUCUGAUGGUUGGUAUGCAUGA